AUGUCUGGUCGCCCUGGUAAAGUUGUUCUAGCACUCUCAUCAAUUAUAGCCAUUCUGCUUGCUGAAUGUUCUGAUAAUGGUUUGUUUUUCAACGUAACCAAACAACACAAACCAACUGUAAACGUUUUCUUUCAGAGCAAGAAAAAUAAAGAACUGCUUAAAACCAUCGUGUGACCGGCUCUCGCCAAAGAGAACAAAAACUCAAAUUAACAUUCUGACCCGAGGGUAGGACAGAUGUAAUCACCGUUGUAGGAUGACAAACAUUCACAAGGAAAUUGUCCCUUAUUCGCACGCCAAUUUUAAAACUAAAUGUCUAUGUACGUUGAUCUGAUUAAGGAGGGAACACUAGGAAAUAAUAGCGGUCAUUGGUGUUACAUCUCAAAGCAAAUUCUCAAGCCUGUCUUCGACCGUUGUUUUCCUCCUCUCUUGACCUAGUUUAUCGCUUUCUUUUAUAAACUUUCCCUCUUCUAUUUUCUUGGGUGAUAGAGUCAAGAGGAGUAUUGCGCAAUCGUGCCUAGACGUAACCUGACUAAAAACAUUCAAAGCUCGAUAUAUUCUUAUUUUGAAUGUUAUUUGCGCUAAAGUCGUGCAAAAAGGCGGGAUCAUUGACUUUCUUAUUAGGUAAGUAUAUGUACGUAAACUGAUUAUUUUGUCUUCUUGAUUCUGGGAAACCCAUCUUCCCAUGACGUUAAAACUAAUUGAUUCCCGGCCGCCUUCAAUACUCGCAACAUUCUAAGCGAGACGUGUUUACUCCUUAGCGUGUGCUGAUACAGCAAUCAAAUUGCACCCAGACAUCCAAUAUCACGCAUCGAUCAGUGCCCGAUAAUAGGAAAGUAACUUUGUCCUAGUAGGGGCACUCGCCAAGCUGUCGGUGCUUUAGAAAACUAUCACUGUAGGAUAGAAUUUGGAGAACAAAAGUUAGCAGAUGGCUCGGUGCCUUCAUCAUAAAAUUGUAUUCAUUCCAAAAAGUACUCGAAAAGAAAUCUCGUUUACAUUUCAUUUCUGUUCAAUAUUUUGAAGUGCAAUCACCUUUCAAAGUAAUAUAAUGUAGCAGACCAGCGUCUUAACAUUGCAUUUGCGUUUAGGAAAAAUGGGGUGUUGUUUUGUUAUGAUAGCGAAUGCGGCUAUCAUUCUUCAAUACACCUAUACUAGUUCAGCGCAACAACAUGAACAGUAGGUUCAGUUACUUUAUAUUGACAAAAUCGCAAUUUAAAUAAAUAGUCAACCACCUAGUUCUCUCUGUGACUUGAAUAAAGCCGAGCUCAAGUGAAUCGAAUUCGGUGUUGUGGUACAACACGCGACUCGGUCGUUCCAUAGCGAAGCCAUCACGUCCGCUGUGACGUAAUGAAAAGUGUAUCUAUUGAAUGCACUUCUGUAAAGGAAGAUCUGGGGAUUAUGCUGAGCGAGUUGGUUCUAAAUUUGAGUAUUUUUAAAGCUACAGUAGGUGUGCUAAUUAAGUGAUAAAUCCUAGAGGGUAGCAUAAAUCUGUACCCAAAGGAUUUACAAGUCCCCGCAAAAAGCUGCUGUGGGGCUGAGUGCCUUUUUGUUUCUUGUUUAAUUAUUAGGCCAUACAGGACGGAAUCAGUAGCUGAAAUUGUUUAGGUUCAGCAUUCUUUAUUAAAGGAACAGAGGAGGCCUUUCCUGUGUGGGUUCCCGGUUUGUUAAGCUGUACUAUCGUAAGGAAGUUUUAAGGCUUCUAAGUACGUGUGAUCCUUCAAUCAGAAGUUGUUGAACUGCGCUUCCCCGUUGUACAAUUUAAAAAUUCAUCAUCUACGAGAAGGAUUGUCACUAGUAUUUAACCAGAAGCUUCAGUUAUCCUUUAAAAGAAAACUGUUGUUCUGUCUUAUUGUAAUACUACAUGAUGAAAGAUUUUUUUUAACUUUUAAACAGCAAUAAAUAAAACCCAUUCAAACGGGACCUGAGCAGAGCUUUUCACGAGUAGUGUUUACUUUUAACAACUGAACAAGGCGUCGCUCACUUUUGAGUCAAAUUGGACCAUUUUUGGGCAGGCUUACUAGAUUCUUUCAUUUUAUUCUACAGCUAUUGUGCAAGGCCGUUCUAAAACCUAACGAAAUUUCAUUCUUUCUUCGUGUGUGAUUUCUUUUGAAUGCAGAGUUAUUUCGUUGUGUUCUCCCAUGUUCACUGGUCUAUUGUAAUCACGUCGCAUAAUCCGGGUGUUUGUAGCCCGUGGAAAAAACUUCAAAAAAGAUUCAAAAGCCUAUUCUUGUAACUGAUAUAUUAUCAGUUGGUUUCAAACGGGUGCCCGUAAGAUUUCGAGUCAAAUUUGACAAUUCAAACCAGAAGGCCACGAGUAGCUCUUUCCUGAAGUGCUAUGUUUAAUGGGAUUUGAAUUUUUUAAGAUUGUGAAUAUGUUUAAGGUGGGUUUCGGGUUGAAAUCUUUGAAUGCUGAUUCAGGUAAUCUGUUUCUCUUCCAUUAGUGCAAAAUUAAAAUGGCCAUACGUUUCGUGGCUCUUUUAGUUCAGGUAAAACGGUUGCAGUCAGACUAUAUUCACCGUGUUGACUCGGUAAUCAAUAUGUGGUUAUUGUUUAUCAAAAUAUCAUUUCAUUAGCUAAUGUAAGAGCUAACCCUUAAUGACAAACAUAUAAAGGCUUUCUCCUCCUUUUUAACUUUUUUGCUUGCGGGAAAGAAUCUGAAAUAGGGAAACUCUGGAUCCAAGGGAAAUAUUAGGUUAGCCUUGAUCCAAGUACAAUGCUGCUGAAAGCUGACUGUAAUUAUCACAUUAAAAUGUGGCGAAGUAGAGGUUUUUAUUUAUGUUACCAUUUAAAAAGAAGAAUAAAAAAUUACUAAGUGACUUGUAAUGAAAGUACGUAUCAAGAUCAGACUAUCUAUACGACACGGAUGUGCCGGCAAGGGGUGUGAAAAAUAAACAUUGCUCACCCGUUUGUUUCAAUGCCAUGAACUUUGUUUAUUUAAGAAAAUACAACAGGUGUAUUGAAACACAGCUACCUCAAGAUGGCGAGGACCAAAAACGUUUAUUGCUGGAAGGUUGGUUGGGAAUAAUUUAAUAGUAAUUCACCUUGAAAUAGGCAUAGAAAAAAGAUUAGAUCUUGAUGUACAAGUCUGUGUGUGCAUGAUCCAGUUUAUUUAAGUUCAGUCUUUUUAUUGUCCAAGUGUAACUUGAAAAACCUUUAUUUAAUAAAACAAUACUACAAAAUAAAUACACUGUCUGCUCUGUACUUUUCCAGAAAAUAUGUUCAUUUUAGAAAUGUAUUAGUUUCGAUGAUUUCUUGUGGGUGGGCCCGAUCUUGGCGAACUGGGAGAGCUUACUAUUGAAGGUCAAAUGUCGGUAUCAAAAAAGGAUCGGUUUGUAUUAAGGACAUAAUUAUAACUUUCUAGAAAUAACAAAUAAUACACAAAACGCUUUUUACUCACAGCAACUGCACUGCAUGCGUAUCAAAGUCAAUUCGCCAGUGGGUUGAGGUCCAAAUAACACAUCUUUCAAUAUUUAUUCUUGAUAUAAGUAUACAAUUUAUUAAAGCUGAGGGCUUAUAAUUUCUCUAAGGAAUUUUUUCCUAUGACUUGGGGGCACAGUUUCUUGGGGGGGUUUCACUUACCCGUGUCCACAGUUACUAAAAUAUCUCGUCUUUUUCUUAGAAUUCCACUAAACAUGCCCACAGGAGCCCAUUUUGAGUAGUUGCUGUGGGGUAGUUAUACUACUUUAAUAUUAAUAUAUAGAACUUCAUAUUCUCUGGCAAGCCUACAGCCGAUUGUUGAAAACUCUGGAGUUUCUCAUUGUGUUUCUCACCAAAAAAAUAUAUGUUCAACACGGCUGCACUUAAAGAAUUAUAUUCUUUAGCUGAGACUACCUUUCAGUGAUAUGGGUGAAACUGUUUGUGUAGCUACGCCCUGUGCUCUAGCCUCUUUCUAAUAGUCUAUCAUUCUCCUGUUCAGCCCUGAACGGCUUAUUGUUCAUGGUUAUUUGAACUUGCUCUGACUUAAACUGUAACUUGUAAAAUUCUCGAUCUCCUACCUGUUACUGCUCUUAUGGCAUUACCAUCACUGCUCGACAUUAUCAUUACAGCUCGAAGCACUCCUCUCUCAAGACUACUCCCCUGUUGCCUCCAUUUUGAAAUAUACUUCUUUUUCUAGGCUAUACAACAGUUUUUUCCCUUGGAGACUGGCAUUAAUCUUCAGCUAUAUUACAGUAAUUACUCUAGAUUUCACACCAUAUCUCACUUAACUAUUGAGUACAUUUGUUGCAUUUGGAACAAACUGUUGGAAGUGUUAUAUACAUCACUCAGUCUUGAAACUUAUGAUUCAGGUCUUAGAACGAGUGAAAUAAAGACUCUGUUAUCAUACGUUAUCCGGACGAUUCUACUCUACCAAUCUCUCAUUUUACUGCAGAAUACAAAACUUUACAUCGUCCAUUUCUCCCUCUUCUGUAUGGGGCUUUUACCUCUCUUUGCUACGACUUGUCCUCAUUAAAUCAGUGAGGCACUUUCUCGAACUUCCAUUUCAUUCUGGAGGUUCUCAGUAUACUUUUCAUUUUAACACAACUGGUCGUUCCUUUCUGAGGCGAAUGUGGCAGUAAGUGUGUCUUUCUAACUCUCGGGUCUUUGGAUUGAAAUGAAAUUUUCAAAUGGAAUUAUCUGUUGACAGGAUUUCACAAUAAGAAAGCUAGAUUUUUCAUGUCUCUGAAAGCCCGUGCACUUUCCACUUUUCUCCAAGUAUAGUAGUCAGUGUUCCUUUAUAAAACCCUUUUCUUGUAGUAUUCUCCAUAAUAAUCGUCCCAAACAAAGCUAUGUCUCUUUGUUACUUUCUUCUGUACCCCUCCUUUAUCGUACUUUUUGAAUUUUGCUAAUUUUUUCUACUUUUAAACCUCUAAUAACACUACAGUAUUCUACUCUCUACCACUUUCAAACCUCCCUUGCAGCGCUUCUCAGUUUUGCCAAUACUUUCACGUCUACGAGUACUGCUAUAGAGUGAAUUCAACGACUAGGUUUCUUCGACUUAUAUUAAUUUAACUCUAUCAGUUAAUUAGCUGGAUCGAACAAAAAACUAAAACACUUUUCAUUUCUUCGCGCCCUUUUACACUGCUGUCACUUCUCAUAACUGACUGUGAACGUGGACAGUACACCACUUCGAUCGGUGCACUCUGUUUUGUCUGUGUUUGUUUUUUACUCAUAGCAUAAUAGUGUUAAUCGCUGUAGUAAGUGUUAACAUCGUCAUUUCCAACCCGUCACUUCAUGAGUAA